CCCGAUCCCCGACGGGAUGGGACGGACUGCGUUCCGUCCCGCCCUAACCCUAAGGACCGUGGUCGCCUUUCUGGGCCAGAGUUAUCGGGGCUGGGGCUGGGGCUGGGGGUGGGAUUGGAGGUGGACGCGGAAGAGUCCCAGCCAGACUGACAGAGGAGAGGCCACGCAGCGAGAGCAGAGCAGAGGAAGAGGAAGAGGAGGGCAGCCGAGAAGAGCAGCAGCAGAGGAGCAGGGUGAGGAUUUGCGAGGGCGAGGAGGGCAGGGAGGCAAAAGUGGACAGCAGGAAUAAAUCGAAUUAAAGAAAAGCGACGACGACGACGGGGCAGGAGAUCGAGGGGCGGGCGAGCAGAGGAGAGAGAAAGCGGGAGUGAGAGAAGUUGAUUGUCUGACUGACUUGUGUCUGAGAGGGCGGAAGGGGACUGGGGCGCGACUGCAGGGGAGGAGGGGAGGGCUGAUGCUGGGCUGAAUCGGAAUCUCCUCAAUUUUUUUUUCUAAUCUGUCUCUAGUUUCUCCAUUCGCUCUCUUCCGUCGCGCUGCCUUGCCUUGCCUCCCCGUUCCGCUCGCUCGCUCGCUUGCUCGCACGGUCGGUCGGUCGGUCGGUCGGUCAGGUGGUGGAGGUGGUGGUGAACUGGAACUGAGUCGAGUGACUUUUCUGGGUUGGAGGAGGCCUCUCUAGCUUUGGGGGAUUUGAAAAGGAGCGAAAUUGAUCGACAGUGUAUAUGAGGGGGUUGGCUGCAGGAUGGGCGCAGCCAUGGAGACGCUUGACACGAGGAGUGUGGCAGUGGGAGAAAGGGGUGCACCGUGCGAGGAGACUGUCCGGCGUUUCGACUUUUCGCCUGCACCGGGCCGCCCUCGCACCUUAUAUUAUGUCCAAUUCUUCAUUGUCUCUUCCCUCUAGCGCUGCUCCUCCUCUUCGCCUGAGUGGCCCAUCCUUUCGAGCCCUCCAGCACAAGCCAUUCGGUCCUCCAAUUCACUCCCGGUAUGCCCUUUCUCGCUCCUCAUCCUUCCUCUCCCCUGCCUGCCUGCCUGCCUCCCUUCCGUUCAUUAAUCCCUCCCUGACCUGCAUGUCAUUUGGCACAGUCUUCCUCCCGCACUCACACAGACUCUCUCGACGUUGAAUUCGUUUCCACCGGAUUUGGAUGGUAUAGAGCACGAUCUAUCACCAGUUCAAAAAUGGAUCAGCAGACGUUGAAUGUGAAGUCUCCCAACAUCGCCAACCCCAGUAGGAUAUCGAACAUAGUCGUCGGCAACCCGGAUGAAUUGGCUAAGAAGAAGGCAGCUAUUAGAGCAGCUGGAAUGUCAUCGUUGCAGAUUACUGCCACAGGUCAUCGCAGAUUUUGAUAUGACGUUGACGAAGUAUAUGGUGGAGGGACGACGUGGUCAAAGUACGCACGCGCUUCUGAGUCAAGGGAGCACUGAUUAUGACCGCAAGCGGCAAGAAUUGUUUGACAUUUAUUAUCCAAUGGAGAUCAGCCCGAACAUUCCCGUCGAGGAGAAGACAAAACUCAUGGAGACAUGGUGGGGAAAAUCUCACGGUUUACUAGUCGAAGGUGGUCUCAACAUCGAAAACAUAAGACAGUCGGUAGAGAAGGGAACUGUUGGAUUUCGAGAAGGGAUUGCCGAUCUCUUUGAGAUUCUAGAUGGCGAGGGUGUUCCUCUUUUGAUUUUUUCGGCUGGUCUUGCGGACAUCAUUGAAGAGAUUUUGCGCCAAAAACUUCAUCGAACAUUUCCAAAUAUUAGAGUCGUUUCCAACAGAAUGAACUUUGACAAAGAUGGCAACCUCACUGGCUUUAUUGGCAAAACAAUUCAUGUUCUGAACAAGAAUGAACACGCUUUGGAGAUGGCUGCUCCACUUCAUGACGAGGAAGGUCACUCUGUCGGUUCGAAUGGCAAUGGUUCCUCAUUCAUCAAAGGAAGAAAGAAUGUCAUCCUUUUAGGAGACCAUUUGGGGGACCUUGGCAUGUCGGAUGGUGUUGCUUACGAUAACCGCAUCUCCGUUGGAUUUUUGAACGAGAAUGUGGAGAAUUGGCUGGACACCUACAGGCGGGCUUUUGACAUCGUAGUUCUGAACGAUGGUACCCUGGACUGCGUGGUUGAGCUGAUUCAGGAGUUGCGCUCGUGAGGUCUUUUCGAAUGUCUCAGCAAAUUAUUUAUUUAUCUCUGGAGAUCCCGUUUUCUCCAGGAUGAUUCUUUGUAAAAUGUACAAAUAUCACAUUAGGCCACAAGUUUAUUCGGCCUUUCAGGGUAGCGAACAUAUUCGAAGCAUUUCACAGGGUAGAAGGAGCGUCAAUUCAAGGUUUUAUAUAUGAGAUUUGGGAUAACGCGAUCAUUAGUCAGUUCAUUCGCCCUGACCUAUGAUGGAAGGAUCUGAACGCAUGAUGGCUGGAGGGGUUGAAUGGGCACGAACUGGGACAGUCAAGCUAUUUUUCCGGGUAGGGUCAAUUGCUGGAUGCGUAGAGGAGCUCACCAGCCGUCUUAGAGGUAAUUUGAAUGGAAAGAUGCGCUCAGAAAUUUUGGUUGUAGUCGACUCGCAAAUCAGUAAAGGUGGAAUGUCUUUCGGCAAGUGGAGUCAUGCACGUCCUGUGAUUACGAGUUUUAUCACGAGGUCGCGUUGCACAGUUCUGAAGUUUCCUCUUGUGUUGGACGCCAAGUACAGAGGAAGGAACUUUUCUCCAAUUGUCAAUGGCAAGCACAAUUCCA